AGAGAAGAAAGAAAGAAAGAAAAAAAUAAAAGGAAAAGACUUUCUCUUUUAACAAGCAAAAAAGAAGGCAAAAAAAAGUGAAAGUGGCCAUUUUUUUCCAUUUGGAUUCCUUUCUCUUGGUAACUGGUCGGUCCCAUGCCUCUCUGAAGCUCCUCUCUCAGCUCGUUGUAAUCUGUGACAAACUUCUCUGCAAAAAUUCAAGCCAGAAGUGAAGUGGGUCUCUUUCUCCUUCCUCUUUCACUUGGUUGCUUAUGGUGUUUUUUGGCAUUUUAUGAAGGGGAUUGGGUGGGGGCUAAUUUGAUUUGGCCACGUUUUGGGUAGAGAUCUUGUUUAACUUUUUGAUGGGUGCUUGUUCUUUUCUGGAUUUUUUCUUUUAUCUGGUUUCGUACAUUGAGAGGAGAGGAAGUACUAAUUUUUGUUGUAAACUGAAAAAAAAAAGAAGAGAAAAUUGAUAUAUAUAUAUUUUUUUUGGUGAAUUAAAGAAACCCAGAAUUUGUGUUUGUUUUUUGUGAAUUGGGUUUGUUUUAAUUUGUUGAAAUUGUUGAAAUAGGUCCAAAUCAGACAUUAUUACUGUUUGUCUGUUUGUAAUUUUUGAAUUUUUUGUAAUUUAGAAUUUAGGUUCUUGGUGGGAAAUCUGUCAGCCAAGUGAUUUGGGAUCACUUGGAAGCGUUCUGGGUUUUUGUUCUCUUUUCCACAAUCUCUCUUGUGCUUGAACUUUGAAUUUUUAGAGAGAGAAACUUGAACAUUGAAUUUUUAGAGAGAGAAACUUGAACUCUGAGUUUUUAGAGAGAGAAACCCAUCUGGGUAAGUUGGAGAUCUGGGAUUUGCUUAGAGUCUUAUGCCCCAUGAGGACUUUCUUUCCCUCUGAGUCUGGUAAAGAACCACAGCUUAGUGCCCACAAUCCACAGUCAUGGCUCCAGGUGGAAAGAGGGAAGCUUUCCAAGCUGCCAUCAAACUCCUCCUCUUCUUCUAUAGAAUCUCUUAUCAAAGUCCCCGAGCCGCCAAUACUCCCGUUCUAUAAACCAAUUGAUUAUGUCGAAGUUUUAGCUCAAAUUCAUGAAGAACUUGAGUUAUGUCCUCCGCAGGGACAGUCGAAUCUUUACUUGUUACAAUUUCAGGUCUUUAGGGGCCUCGGAGAAGUCAAGCUGAUGCGAAGAAGCCUUCGUGCAGCUUGGCAGAAAGCUAGCUCCAUUCAUGAGAAGCUCAUAUUUGGAGCAUGGUUGAAGUAUGAGAAGCAAGGGGAAGAGCAUAUUUCUGACUUGCUUGCCAGUUGUGAUAAAUGUGCGCAAGAAUUUGGGCCGGUGGAUAUUUUGACUCAGCUUCCUAUUGAUGCAACUGUGAGUAGUACCAAUGAGAAUAUUUCGAUGAAUGGGAACGAAAUAUCAAGAAAUGUCAGUUUUAGAAUUCAAGAUGAGAGGGUAGAUUGUGAUAGGCAGAAAAUAUCAAGCCUUUCUGCUCCAUUUCAUGCCAUGCUCAAUGGGUGUUUCUCGGAAUCAUUUCGGGAGGACAUAGAUUUGUCGGAAAACAAUAUCAGUGCAUCAGGUAUGAGGACAAUCAAUGAGUUCAGUAUAACUGGCAGUUUGAAUGAAGUCCCUACUCAUCUUUUGUUGGAAAUAUUAGCUUUUGCAAAUAAAUUUUGUUGCGAAAAGCUUAAAGAUGCUUGCGACCGCAAACUUGCAUCCCUGGUGUCUACUAGAGAAGAUGCGGUAGAACUCAUGGAGUAUGCUCUUGAAGAGAACUGUCCUGUCCUUGCUGCGUCAUGCUUACAAGUUUUCUUAAAUAAUCUUCCUGAUUGUUUGAAUGACAACCGAGUCGUGGAUAUAUUCAGGCAUGCUGAUAGACAACAGAGAUCAAUCAUGGUUGGGCAAGCCUCGUUUUCGCUAUAUUGUUUAUUAAGUGAAGUUUGUAUGAACCUUGAUCCACAGUCAGAUAAAACAGCUUGUUUCCUGGAACGGUUGGUAGAGUUUUCUGAAAAUGAUAGACAAAGAAUGCUGGCAUUCCAUCAGUUGGGAUGCCUGAGGCUCUUGAGAAAAGAGUAUGACGAAGCUAAGAGCCUUUUUGAAGAAGCUCUAAAUGCAGGCCAUAUAUAUUCAGUUGCAGGAUUAGCUAGACUGAGUUACAUUAAGGGCCAUAAACUUUGGUCAUAUGAAAAGCUGAGCUCUGUAAUCGGCGCUGUUACGCCACUUGGAUGGAUGUAUCAGGAGAGGUCCUUGUACUGUGAAGGUGAUAAGAGAUGGGAAGACCUUGAGAAAGCAUCUGAGCUGGAUCCAACUCUUACUUACCCUUACAUGUAUCGUGCGGCUACAUUAAUGAGAAAACAGAAUGUUCAAGCUGCGCUUGCAGAAAUUAAUCGUGUUCUGGGGUUUAAACUUGCGUUAGAAUGCUUGGAACUCCGGUUCUGUUUCUAUCUUGCUCUUGAGGACUAUAAAUCAGCCAUUUGUGAUGUUCAAGCAAUUCUUACUCUCUCCCCGAAUUAUAGGAUGUUUGAGGGACGGGUGGCAGCAUCCCAACUUCGGACACUUGUGCGUGAGCAUGUAGAAAAUUGGACAACGGCAGAUUGUUGGCUGCAAUUGUAUGAUCGUUGGUCUUCAGUGGAUGAUAUUGGGUCUCUCUCGGUUAUUUACCAGAUGCUUGAAUCUGAUGCAGCAAAAGGCGUUCUGUAUUUCAGACAGUCAUUGCUUCUUCUCAGGUUGAACUGUCCCGAGGCAGCAAUGCAAAGUUUACAGUUAGCUCGUCAGCAUGCAUCCAGCGAUCAUGAAAAGUUGGUUUAUGAGGGGUGGAUCUUAUACGAUACAGGACAUUGUGAUGAAGGGCUCCAGAAAGCAGAGGAAUCCAUCAAAAUUAAACGAUCCUUUGAGGCCUUCUUUUUGAAAGCCUAUGCACUGGCAGACUCUAGCCAAGAUCAAUCCUCUUCAUCAACUGUUGUAUCUCUCCUCGAAGAUGCCUUGAAGUGCCCAUCAGACAGGCUGCGUAAAGGUCAAGCGCUCAACAACCUUGGAAGUGUUUAUGUUGACUGCGGGAAGUUAGACUUGGCAGCUGAUUGCUACAUAAAUGCUCUUAAGAUCAGGCAUACGCGAGCGCACCAAGGCCUUGCUCGAGUUCAUUUUCUCAGAAAUGAUAAGCCUGCUGCAUACGAGGAAAUGACCAAACUGAUUGAGAAGGCCCGGAACAAUGCAUCUGCCUAUGAGAAGAGGUCCGAAUAUUGUGAUCGCGAACUCACAAAGACUGAUCUGGAGAUGGUGACCCGCUUAGAUCCGCUUCGGGUGUACCCUUACAGAUAUAGAGCUGCAGUGUUAAUGGAUAGCCACAAAGAAGCAGAGGCCAUUGCAGAACUAUCAAGGGCAAUUGCAUUCAAAGCCGACCUCCACCUUCUGCACUUACGGGCGGCAUUCCAUGAGCACGUUGGAGAUGUCAUGGGUGCUUUGCGAGACUGUCGAGCGGCUCUCUCCGUCGACCCGAACCAUCAAGAGAUGCUGGAGCUUCAUAGCCGUGUAAACAGCCAUGAACCAUGAACAUAGAAAUUGAAUCUUGGAAGAUGUAACUUUCAAGCUAAAAAGUUGUAUCAACCAGCACCUUGCUGUGUACACUAGCAAAGUAUACGUGUUUUACCUCCCAUGUCAUAUCACUUAUUUUUUAAUGGUCAAAUUUUGUAAUUUAUGCGUUUGGCAAUAUAUAAUCCAUUAAUUGCAUUGCUA